AUGUCGCAGCGAACGAAGCGUUCCGGUGCAUCGACGCCGGUCCCGGUGACGGCUAGCACCCCGGUACAGCAGAGUGGUAGCGCGGCGAUGGGUGCGUCGCCAUCGCAACAUCACAGCGGCUCACGUCCGGCAAGUCCGCUCAGUCCUACACGGCACUCUCGAAUGCAGGAAAAGCAAUCGCUGCAAUAUUUGAACGACCGUCUGGCCGCCUAUAUGGACAGGAUGCGUAUGCUUGAGCAGGAAAAUUCGCGCCUCACCAUGGAGGUGCGUACCUCGCAGGAUACCUCCACUCGCGAGGUGUCCAACAUCAAAUCGAUGUACGAGCAUGAGCUGUCCGAUGCCCGCAAACUGCUCGACGAAACGUCGCGCGAAAAGGCCCGGAUGGAGAUCGAUGGCAAGCGGAUCCUCGAGGAAAACGAGGAGUUGAAAAAGCGCUUGGAUCGCAAGACGAAGGAAGGCGCGGAAGCGGAACGUAACCUGCGUGCACAGGAAGCGCGUGCGAACGAUUUGGCCGGCAAGUAUCAUACGCUCGUGGCCGACCACAAGAAAGCUAAGGAGGACCAAAAGGAGCUGGAAAAAGAGCUGGCGAAGCUUAAAAAACAGCUCGAUGCGCUGCGUAAAAAUCUUGAGGAAGAAACCCUCACACGUGUCGAGCUGGAGAAUGCCGUCCAAACGUUGCGCGAAGAGCUGACGUUCAAAGAUCAGGUGCACAUGCAAGAAAUAUCGGAAACGAAGACCCGCCGCCAGGUGGAGAUCAGCGAAAUCGAUGGCGUACUGUCGGAGCAGUACGAGGCGAAGCUGCAGCAGGCGCUGCAGGAUCUGCGCAAUCAGUACGAUAUGCAGCUACGCAUGAACCGUGAGGAGAUUUCCGAUCUGUACGAGGCUCGUUUACGAGAUCUGGAGCACCAGAUGAACCAGGAACGGUUACGCCAUGCCGACGAAAAGGACAAAUUGAUGGAGGAUGUCGAGCGUCUGCGUAAGGAGAUGUCGAUGCAGCUGCAGGAAUACCAGGAGCUAAUGGACAUCAAAAUCUCGCUGGACAUGGAAAUUGCGGCAUACGACAAGCUGCUGAGCUCGGAAGAGAAUCGGCUAAAAAUUACCCCGGGCGGUAAUAUUUCGCUAUUCUCGCAAUCCGGUCUGUCCAGCAGCAUGUCCCGCACCGGUAUGGUUCGCCGCACACCGAACCGUGCUGCCGCUGCUAAGCGUAAGCGUACGGUGUUGGAGGAAUCGGACGAGCGCAGCGUGUCGGAUUAUUCCGUCACUUCGUCCGCCAAAGGUGAUCUGGAGAUUGUGGAGGUUGAUCCGGAGGGUAAAUUCGUGAAGCUGAGGAAUAAAUCGGGCAAGGAAGUUCAAAUCGGCGGAUGGUCCCUUGUGCGUAAAGUCGGCACCAAUGAAACCGUGUUCAAAUUCCAUCGAUCGCUAAAGGUUGACGGUGGCGCAUUUGUAACCGUUUGGUCGUCCGAUUUGGGCAAGGAUCACGAACCACCAUCUACAAUCGUCAUGAAGGGCCAGAAGUGGUUCGCCGGAGACAACAUGACUACCCAUCUGAUGAACGCCGACGGAGAGGAAGUUGCUGCCUCUGAACGUGUGAAGCGAAUCGUAUCGACUGCUGCCUCCCGUCACCGUGAAUACCUUGGAGGGUAUGGCGAGGAACUUCAUCACCAGCAGGGCGAACCACGAGGCGAUGAAAAAUGCCGCAUCAUGUAAUAAGUGCCGUGUAGUAUGGU